AUGGAUGCCAUCGAAAUUGAUGCCGAGGAUGCUAGUGCCUCCCCGCGCCGGAUCCCCGAGCAAAAACUCUCGUGUGACCAAUGCAGAGCCCGAAAGCUAGACCGCAUUAGCCUCGCUGUGGAUAAUUUCACUUCUCCGUCCCCAUACCUACCCACAAGCUCAAACUCAACGAAGCCCAUCGGAUUCCACGCUACCCCAACUUCACACACUAGCUCUACCUCAGAGAGCAAUGAAGCAAGUGGAGAUACACUGCACUCAGAGCUCGACGCCGACGUCACGUUGACCACUCAAGCAACCUUUGCAACCAAUUUCUUGCAGCGAGCUAUCGACAACGAUCAGCUCUCAGAUGUGAUACCUGAAAUCAGAAACAGCUUGGACGCCUUGAGACAUGGCUUGAAGAAUCGAGAUGUGGGAGGCGAUGAGCCUCGUCUUGUUGAUACACAGCACAUACUCUCGCCCUCAAAGCAUGGAGGAUAUGACUUACCCCCAGUUCACUUAGCCAUGAUGGCAGUGCAAAGAUUGAAAGAAACCCCUAAAUUAAGAUUUCUCUGGCGGGCGGACUUUCAUAGCACUGGCCAGUUUGUCGAGUAUUUGAUGAUAGUUUACUUCAGUAAACCCACCCUUGCAGAUCUUAUCCUGACACAUGUUGGCUUGCAGAGCCUGUUACUAGAAUGUGGAAAUUUGGAGGUUGAUGGAAUGCUCAAGAGCGAAUUCAUCUCACAAUCGAUGCUUUGCCAACGAAACUUGGAGAACAUCCUCACGGGACUUCCGUUUAACCUUCCCUGCACCCCAGACUAUGCGCUAGCCUUGUUGAUGGCCUCAAACUACUACUUCCAGCAGUGCCGCAUAUCCAUGUCAUGGAACGCCCUCGCCGCCGCCGCCCAAAUGUGCCAAACACUGGGCUUCACCCGUGACAUCCUUCCUCGACCAGAAACAAGAGAGGCAAAACAGCGACGUGCAAAGUUAGUUUGGUGUCUCCACAUGAACGACAAGAUGCUCGCCCUGCGGCUUAGCCGACCAGCCUUGAUACGAGAUGGAGAGAUCACGCUCAAUUUCGAAGCAUUGGAAGCCGAUGGGAGCGACGGACCAACUCCUAUUAUUGGAAAAUGGGCACGAAUCUGCGACUUACAGGGGAAGAUCUACGACAAUCUUUAUUCUCCGAGGGCAUUGCUCCAAUCAGACUCCCAGAGAGAAGCGCAGGCCAGAAAUCUCGCAGCUAACCUGCAUACGCUCUACCACAGCAAGAGUAUAGCGGAGGACUACCUCUUCGAAUUAAUCACGAGAAGUAUCGGCCAAAGGCAGGGGGAGCUCUUUCAGCGGACUGACAAGGUGGCGUACUUCUCUAUGCGCUGCUUGGUCUUUAGAGCUAUCACGCCAGACUCUUCAGCCUCAACCGCCUUUUGCGAUGAAUGCCUCGUGGCCGCGAAAGAAGGUCUCGAGGAACACAAACGCUGCUUGUCGAUGCUUCAGGAGGUCGAAAAUAACAUAUUUGAGUUUUAUUUGUACUGGGGCCUUUUAGCUGUACCAUUGAUACCCUUCAUCGUGCUAUUCUGCCACGCAGUCGAAACUUGCGAUCCAGCUCACUUGGAGUACCUCUCGGCUGUCGUUGAAACUCUGGACAGGAUACCUCCCGAGUGCCCGGAUGUUUACAAGAAACAACUUCGUCUUUUCAAGUUGAUGUACGACGUGGCCUGCAAAUACGUUGGGUCAAAACCGCGUAACCCUCCGGCGCCACCAGGAAGGAUUCCUAGUACGCCAUUUGAGAUGCUGUUCGUCGAGGCUGGGGUUCCUCUUCCUAACCACAUGGGUGUACAGGCAGCUGGGAAUGGAUUUCAAAACACCUCAAGUGUGCAACACGCAUUGGGAUUCGGUCAUGGUAUGCUUGAUGAUGGGGCUUUCAACCAUAGCAUGGAGUUGGGAAAUUGGUUUGAGCAAAAUCAGGAGAUCUUUAUGAUGCUGGAUAAUAAUCUGUAG